AUUGUUUCGAAAGAGGCUGAAUCCAGAGUCCAUUCCAGGGAGUGGCUUAGUUGCUCUUUCUCUCCAGCCAGCGUGGAACAGGGCGAGAAGGAGAGAGACACAUUGAACAGAGAGGAGCCGAAAAAGCAGAGCACCACGACAUGCUGCUCUUGGGACCUAAGGUGCUCCUGCUGGUCGCCGCUCUCAUCAUCCCCUCUGACUGGACGCCGCUAGGGGCUGACGGCCAGCGAGGAGAUGAUGAUGAUGCGACUCAAGUGACUCCGGAAACCUUCACCGAUGACCCCAAUCUGGUGAAUGACCCUGCUACCGAUGAAACAGUUCUGGCUGAUAUUGAACCUUCCACAGAUGACCUGGCUCCACCGGCGGACAGAAACACCAGCACAGAGUGCCGGGAUGAGAAAUUUGCUUGCACCAGGCUGUACUCCGUGCAUCGCCCGAUCAAGCAGUGCGUUCACCAGCUGUGCUUCACCAGCUUACGGCGUAUGUACGUCAUCAACAAUGAGAUCUGCUCCCGUCUCGUCUGUAAGGAACAUGAGGCCAUGAAAGAUGAGCUUUGCCGUCAGAUGGCUGGUCUGCCCCCACGGCGACUCCGCCGCUCCAACUACUUCCGGCUUCCUCCCUGCGACAAUGUGAAUUUGCAGAGACCCGGUGGUCUGUGACCAUCACGGAAGAGGGACGAAUCCAUGGGUGAGAGGAAGCAGGAAUGCCUUCCUCUCCAAUCAUCGCCAGCUAACUCAUACGCAUUAGUAUUCCUUAAGCCAAUGUCCAGCUUUUGCCUCUACUCCUUAAUUUUUCACCCAGUCAGCUAACAUUAUCUCAUUAUUUUUUUCAAUACUUAAGAUACAACACAUAUCAUUGCGUGGUUUUGUAGCUUCCCCUUAUGGCGGGCAUAGUGGAUUAAUAAUGACCAUCUGGUUUCUAUACAAACACUCUACACACAAUUUCAGGAGAGACUAGACUUUCGUGGUCUCUACAGUUGGAUGUGGUAAAGACAGCUUAAGAUAUCUGUCCCUGUCUGUUCUGGCUGACCACAGACCUUCACUUAUUUUCUUGGAAGGUUUUUCUAAAUUAGCUGCCCCAUCAUGUAUAUAUUUCUCUUUAUUCUUUACAAAGUUGUCAGAGUGUCUGAGAGUUGCCUGGGAAAGGGACCUGUGGCUUUUGCAGUUUUUCAACACGGCCAAAAUCUCUCUGCUGAGCACAGAGGCAAGGGCCACGCUGGGUGGAGAACUUGGACUCACAGGAGCCCUGUUCAAUUUUUUUCACGCAGUUGUCCAGUGAGGAAGUAGGGCAGGUAAGUUAACUCCUGUUUUCUUACAAGUUUAUGGCAGUGUAAUUGGCACUCCAAACCCUUGAGUUCCACAUCCACAGAUGCAACCAGUUAUGAACUCAAAAUAUUUGAAAACAAAAUUGCAUCUGUACCAAAGAUGGAUGCGCUUUUUGAUUCCCGUCAACACAACCAAAAGUUACUGAUACAGCAUUUAUUUUAGGUAUCAUCAAAAGUAAGCUGGAGAUUAUUUAAACAUACAGGAGGAUGUGGAGGGGUAGAUAUGCAAAUGUUAUACCAUCUUCUUUGAGAUUUGAACCUUCCGAUGUGAGAUGUAGGUCUUGGAAGGAAUCCUCCAAGGAUUCUGCAGGAUGAAUGGACUAGCCCGUCUCCAAAACCAAAUCAGACCGCUAUGAAACCACACCCUUGGUCAGCGUGUCCUCGAAUUGCUCCAAUUUGCUCACUUUGACCACUUACCAAGGAUGCAAAUAGAGAUAUUUGUGCGAAUGAUUUCUGGAAUAUUCUCAUUUGGGACCUAAAUUUUAACAGGCAGAUAGAAAGCUUACCUAAUAGUAGCAGAAAAUGGCAUAUUCAGGUGUCCUGGCCCCAGGAGGAAGCUGGCAGCUCUGGAUGCGUCAUGUCCCCUCAUUGGGUGCUGCUCUAACUUGUCUCAUUUAAAUGAAAUGAAAAGGUUACAUUUAUGUUUAAGUUGUUUUUAAUUCUAAGAUUCUCUGGAUUUAAAUGCAUUAGUCAUAUUUCUUGAUGCUUAAUUGCAGUCUAAUUCAAACAGACUAGAUGACAACGCAGUCCACAAUGCAAUGGAACAAAAUCCUAGCACAGUGACAAAUUACAACCCUUUCCUCAGAAUAACUCGACAACUUCCUACAAAAUAUCAGGGGAAUUCAAUCGAAAUUAAGGGGCAAGACACGGCUGAGAGUGGGAACUGGCUCUAUUCCAUCUUGCUGAGAAAACUAGCUAAAUAUGUGUUGGAUUCCUACUGUUAAGUAACAGGUCAGUCUCAUAGGAUUUACAUAACUGAUUAAAGAGACAGGCUACGAAAAGUCUGAGAGGAAGUCCUCAGCACUCCCUGCUGUUUCUAGAAUUAUAUGUAUUCACGCAUAGAUGUACUCAAUGUAGAUUGUAACCGCUGUGGGGAAACCUCAUAGGCACAGAAUUUCAGUUCGUAAGUCAUGAACCUGACCUUCCUACUGCACAUGGAACGUGAUGUGUCAUUGCAAACAGGCAACACGCUGAAUCCCAUGAGUGUGUGGAUUGGAAAUUAAAUAUUUCAAGAUAAAAAUUUCCAACUUCCUUCUCUAAAUAAAGUGGUUUCCAUCCAG